GGCAAGGCGGAAGUGAGUCUAUGAACCGCAGCAGGAGCGUUGCUAGAGUCAAGUCAGGGUUCUGUUCCUAUCUUUCGUACCCCGUCCUGGUCGGGCUAAACCCAGAAAAGCAGGACAGAAGGGCCCAAUUCAAGUCCUAAGCCCUAGGGCGGGACCACACAACCACACUGGAUAUCAAAGACGGUGUUUCAGAGCUUGCCAUUGAAAGGCCUAACUUCAAUUUGUGGGGUGGGGAUGUUGCUAGCUAGCUAGCUGAGAGUGUCUGCCUUUUCUGCAGCUAAUCUGGUAGCUGCCUACCCACAAAGAGUGAACUAACGUUAGGUAGCUAGGGCCAGUCUGUGCUGAACUCGGCAAGAGACAAAUGCAUCUAACGACCAUCUCCACGUAUUGACAGUAGCUUCAAAAAAAAGAGGGGAAGCUGGCGCGUGCCUGUGUGUAUGCCUGAGCAGUCGGUCCGGGUGUGAGAGGGAGUGAGUUUGCUGCCUUCCCUGGCCGGAUCUCUCACUGCCCUGGACAUGAUGGGGCCCCGCCGGAAGUCCACCAAGACGCAGAGCACAGGAGGGGGCUCGGCCGAUCCCCUCAGGCAAGAGGAGCCCAAGGACUACAUCAACGAGCUCUCUCACGAAGUGCUCUGCCACAUAUUCCGGUACCUGCCCAUGCAGGACAUCAUGUGCAUGGAGUGCCUGUCGCGGAAGCUCCGGGAGGCGGUCACGCUCUACCUGCGCGUGGUGAAGGUGGUGGACCUGUGUGCCAGCCGCUGGUGGGAGUACAUGCCUUCAGGCUUCACGGACUCCAGCUUUCUCAUGCUGCUGAAGAAGAUGCCGGAUCUGGAGCAGCUGUACGGACUGCAUCCCCGCUACCUGGAGCGCCGCAGGGUGCGGGGCUACGAGGCCUUCAGCAUCCCCGGGGUCCUGGAAGCCCUGCAGGCCUGCCCCAAUCUGCUGGGAGUGGAGACGUCUCACUUGGAGCUGGUGGAGGCCAUCUGGAACUACAUGCCUCAGGUCCACGUCCUGGGGAAGUUCCGAAACCGCAACGGUGCUUUCCCCAUCCCCCCGGAAAACAAGCUCACCAUUCCCGUCGCAGCCAAAAUCCAGACCCUGCACCUCGUAGGGGUCAACGUGCCAGAGAUCCCGUGCGUGUCCAUGCUCAGGCACCUCUACCUGAAGUGGGUGCGCCUGACCAAACCCCAGCCUUUUAAGGACUUCCUGUGCGUCAGCCUGCGCACCUUCGUCAUGAGGAACUGCGCCGGCCCCACCAACUCGCUCAAGUACGUUCCCCUGGUGACCGGCCUGGCCUCCGCCCGCAACCUGGAGCAGCUGGAGCUGGUCAGGGUGCCCUUCCUGGGGGGGCUCAUCCAGCACGUGGUGGAGGACAGCUGGAGGUCCGGUGGAUUUCGCAAUUUGCACACUAUCGUGUUUGGUGCCUGUAAGAAUGCGCUGGAAGUUGACCUGGGCUACCUCAUUAUUACUGCAGCCCGCAGGCUGCAUGAAGUUCGAAUCCAGCCUUCCCUAACCAAAGAUGGCGUGUUCUCCGCACUGAAGAUGGCCGAGCUGGAGUUCCCUCAGUUCGAGACUUUGCACCUUGGAUAUGUGGACGAGUUCCUGCUGCAGUGUAAAAUGAGCCAUUCGGAGCUGGUGAAGUACGGCCUGGCAGACGUGAUCGAGAAUCCCGGCAUCAUCACGGACAUCGGAAUGAAAGCCGUCAAUGAAGUCUUCUCCUCCAUCAAGUAUCUGGUCAUCUAUAACUGCCCCCACCUCCACAAUCCUCAUAACUGGAUCACAGAUCACUCGCGCUGGAGCCGGCUGGUGGACCUGACGCUGGUGCGCUGCCACGCCAUCAAGCUGGAGUCCUUCAGCCAGUUCAUCGAGAUGCUGCCCAGCCUGGAGUUCAUCUGCCUGGACCAGAUGUUCCGGGAGCCGCCCAAGGGCUGUGCCCGGGUGGGUCUGAGUGCUGGUACUGGGAUCGGGGUCUCCUCGGCACUGGUCAGCAACCAGAACUCCAACAAUGACAACGACAACAACAAUAACAACAACCACCAGAACAACAACGGCAACAUCCCACCACCCAACAACGACAAUGCAAACGAGGCAGGCAGAGUCCCACAGCAGCAGAACAACCAGGACGAUGUGAAUGAGGUGGAGGAGGUGGUGCAGGAGAACAUGGAGGUGGAGCCAGUAGCUGUGGAAGAGGAGGCCCCAGGCCCCAGCCAGCCCGCCGGCUCCAAGCUGGGCCUCGAUGAGGAGCAAGCAGGCCCCAGUGGGGUCCAGUCGGCUGUGAAGAAGCAGCCGGUCGUGGUGUCGGACUCUGAUAGCGAGGAGGAGGAGCCUGACAGGCCCGUGGGCGGGGCCCAGCGUGGACCGGCCUAUCAGGAGCCCAGAGAGAAGGUGUCCCAGCCAGAGGAGCCUGGUCGACAGAGCAGUAAAGGGAAGACGCCCCUGCGGAGGAGAGGCCCCCCGCCCCACGAGCGCAGCUGUGAGAAGGGUUGCCAGGUGACCAGCGAGCAGAUCAAAGCCGACAUGAAGGCGGCGACGGAGACCCCGGACCGGGGCUGCGCCACGGGGGGCUGCGUGUGCUCCAUCCGCUGGCGCGAGGACUCGGCCAAUCAGGAGGAGGGGGCGGGGGCUGCGGGGGGAGGGGCCGGCGAGGGGACGGUCAGGACUCGCUGCACCUGCAGCCGGGCUCGUCCCAGCCCGGAGGGGCGGACUCGAGGCGGGGCGCCGGGGGGCGGGGGGGACGGGGCAGACGGGGGCGGAGCCGCCGCCGGGGAGGGGGCGCGGCCCAGGGAGGCGGGGGGCUCGGAGACCCCGCCCAGGACGCGGGGCGUGUCGGAGCAGCACGCGCCUCACGACCGGCCGCUCAGGGAGGGGUUUCCACGACGACCCGUCACCCGCGCGCGGAGCAGGCUGUCCAGUGUGCCCCUGGUCUCCGAAUCAGAGCUGUCCAAACCAAAGCCCCGCAUCGCCGUCAAGAGGAAGCGCAUGGCAGACAAGUCCACCAGCACCAGUGACCCGGUCACUGAGGACGACCACGUGCAGGUGCUGACGCUGAAAUCCAAAAACCUGGUGGGAAUCACGCUCACUAACUGCGGGAUCACAGACCUGGUGCUGAAAGACUGCCCCAAAAUGAUGUUUGUUCACGCGACGCGCUGCAGGGUCCUGAAGCACCUGAAGGUGGAGAGCGCCCCCAUCGUGAACCGCUUCGACUACGCCCAGUGCAAGAAGCUGGACAUGGAGCAGGUGCUGGACCAGAUCCUGCGCAUGCCCCCCGAGAGGAACCGCAUCAUCUACAUGCGCCCCAUGCAGCAGGUGGACUCGCUGGCCCUGGAGAGGAAGCUGUUCUGCGGACCGUACCCCUACCACAUCGGCAUCAUCCACGAGUUCAGCAACCCCCCCAACGUCAGGAACAAGGUGCGCGUCCGCAGCUGGAUGGACACCAUCGCCAACAUCAGCCAGGAACUCAUCAAGUACGAGUUUUUUCCCGAGGCGACCCGGACGGAGGAGGAUGUGAGAAAGUACAGCAGCUACCCGUGGGGCCGGGACAUCUACACCUUGGAGGGCGUGGUUGACGGCGCGCCGUACUCCAUGAUCACAGACUUCCCGUGGCUGCGCACGCUGCGCACGGCCGAGCCCAACAGCUACGCGCGCUACGACUUCGAGGACGACGAGAGCACGACCAUCUACGCCCCCCGGAGGAAGGGCCAGCUGUCGGCGGACAUCUGCAUGGAGACGAUCGGGGAGGAGAUCUCGGAGCGGAGGCAGACGAGGCGCGGCGUGUUCCAGCGCGUGGUGGCCAUCUUCAUACACUACUGUGACGUGCGCGGCGAUCCUGUGGAGGACGACUACGUCUAGCGCCCCCCGCAGGCCCGGAGGGGGAGGGCAGGGGCGG